CAGAGAAGGGGUAGAAAGAAAGAACGAGAGAGAGCGAGCGAUCACAAACCUCUCUCUCUCUCUCUCUCUCUCUCUCUCUCUGUAUAUGCCUCGUUUGCUCGCUCGCUCCCGUAUAUCAUCGUAUCCUGCGCCUCCCCCCCCCUCUCUCUCUCCUCUCUCCUCUCUCCUCCUCUGCGCCCUAACCCUAGCGAGCUCCUCCUCCGCGCUCUAAUGGCGAACCCCUCUCCCCCGAUCAUCUACCCCUCCUCCUAGAGAUCCCCUCCCCUUGUCCCAAUCCCUUCCCCAUCGCCCUCUCACUGCCCCAAGCAUUCGCCACGAUGAAGCCCUCUCCCGGCGCCGCCACCGCCGAUUCUUCUUCUUCGUCGUCGUCGUCGUCGUCGUCGGCGGGGGCGGGGCCGUGCGCGGAGGCGGGGGCGCCGCGGAGGUCGACGGCGGGGCCGUCGGCGGGGGAGGAGGCGGGGGCGCCGCCGCCGGGGCAGGACACGGUCGCCGUGGAGCGGCGCGGCGAGCACGCGGCGCUGUGCAGGUGGACGGUGGCGGGGUUCCCGCGGCUGAAGGCGCGGCCGCUGUGGAGCCGGUACUUCGAGGUCGGGGGCUACGAUUGCCGGCUCCUCAUCUACCCCAAGGGCGACUCCCAGGCCCUGCCCGGGUACUUCUCCCUCUACCUCCAGAUCGUCGACCCGAAGAGUGCGUCCUCCUCCUCCUCCAAGUGGGACUGCUUCGCCAGCUACCGCCUCUCCGUGUCGAACCCCCUCGACGACUCCAAAUCCAUCGUCCGCGACUCGUGGCACCGCUUCUCGUCGAAGAAGCGCUCCCACGGGUGGUGCGAUUUCACCCCCUGCUCCGCCAUUGUCGACCCCAAGGCCGGGUUCCUCCUCCCCCCCAACGACGCGCUCCUCGUCACCGCCGACAUCCUCGUCCUCCACGAGUCCGUCUCCUUCACGCGCGACAACGAGCAGCAGCAGCCCCAGCCCGAUGUGCUCAGCGGUAAGUUCACCUGGAAAGUCCACAACUUCAGCCUCUUCCGCGACAUGAUCAAGACGCAGAAGAUCAUGAGCCCCGUCUUCCCCGCCGGGGACUGCAACCUCCGGAUUAGCGUCUAUCAGUCGGCCGUCGCGGGGGCUGAGCAUCUGUCGAUGUGCCUCGAGAGCAAGGACACGGAGAAGGCCGCCGCCGCGACGGCCGCGGGGGGCGCCGCGGCGGCGGCCGCGCCCGAGCGCAGCUGCUGGUGCCUCUUCCGCAUGUCGGUGCUCAGCCAACGGCCCGGGGGCUCCCACGUGCACAGGGAUUCAUACGGCCGGUUUGCGGCUGACAACAAGGGCGGGGACAACACCAGCCUUGGCUGGAAUGACUACAUGAAGAUGGCCGACUUCAUGUCGCCCGACUCCGGGUUUCUCGUCGGCGAUACCGCCGUUUUCAGCACCUCCUUUCAUGUGAUCAAGGAGUCCAAUAGCUUCACGAAGAAUGCAGGUCUGGUUCUCGGUGGCGUGGGGAGGGGAAUGGCGGGGGCGAGGAAGUCGGACGGCCAUUUCGGGAAAUUCACUUGGAGGAUUGAGAACUUCACGAGGCUCAAGGACCUGCUGAAGAAGAAGAAGAUCACGGGGCUCUGCAUCAAGAGCCGCAGGUUCCAGAUUGGGAACCGCGACUGCCGCCUCAUUGUUUAUCCAAGGGGACAGUCUCAGCCGCCGUGUCACCUCUCGGUGUUCCUGGAGGUGACCGACUCACGUAACACGGUGAGUGAUUGGAGCUGUUUCGUGAGUCAUCGACUAUCGGUUGUGAAUCAGAAGAUGGAGGAGAAAUCUGUCACGAAAGAAUCUCAAAAUCGAUAUUCCAAGGCUGCAAAGGAUUGGGGUUGGCGCGAGUUUGUAACCCUAACCAGCCUCUUCGAUCAGGACGCCGGAUUUCUUGUGCAGGACACAGUAGUGUUCUCUGCGGAGGUUCUCCUACUGAAGGAGACUUCGAUAAUGCAAGAGCUAAGCGACACAGAGUCUGAACCAUGUAGUUCCAGUUCCAGUUCUCAAAUUGACAAUAUUUGGAAAAGGUCGUCGUUUACUUGGAAGGUGGAGAACUUUUUAUCCUUUAAGGAGAUCAUGGAGACUCGCAAAAUAUUUAGCAAAUUUUUUCAAGCUGGUGGUUGUGAGCUGCGAAUAGGUGUAUAUGAGUCAUUCGACACGAUCUGUAUAUACUUGGAGAGUGAUCAGUCAUCUGGAAGUGAUCCUGAAAAAAAUUUUUGGGUUCGUUACAGAAUGGCUGUGGUUAAUCAAAAGAAUCCUGCAAAAACUGUGUGGAAGGAGUCUUCUAUCUGUACAAAAACAUGGAACAAUUCAGUCCUUCAGUUUAUGAAGGUCUCUGAUAUGCUGGAGUCUGAUGCAGGAUUUCUUGUUCGUGACACAGUUAUAUUCAUUUGUGAGAUCAUAGAUUGCUGUCCCUGGUUUGAGUUUUCUGACCUAGAGGUUUUGGCUUCUGAUGAUGAUCAGGACGCAUUGUCAACAGAUCCAGAUGAACUUAUUGAAUCUGAUGACAGCCAAGGUAUUAGUGGAGAUGAUGAAGACUUGUUUCGAAACCUGCUUUCCAGAGCAGGUUUUCAUCUUACCUAUGGAGAUAAUCCUUCUCAGCCCCAGGUCACUUUAAGAGAAAAGCUUCUAAUAGAUGCUGGUGCAAUUGCUAGAUUUCUCACUAGUCUGCGUGUUUAUCUCGACGACCCUGCUAAAAUUAAGCGCCUCUUUCUACCCACCAAACUAUCUGGGACUAGUGGUGGAAAGGAAGAUGUAACAAGAGGCGAAUCUAGUUCCCCAAGUCUAAUGAAUUUAUUAAUGGGUGUCAAAGUAUUGCAACAAGCUAUUGUUGAUUUACUCAUAGAUAUAAUGGUCGAGUGUUGCCAAGCUUCUGAAGGAAGAAAUGGGAAUGAUUCUUCUGAAGCUAGUGUAAAACCUUCACCUUCUCCGGAUACUAAUGGAGCUAGCACCCCACCCGAGCUUAAUGGGGACAGCGAAGCUGCAGAAUAUAACGGGAGGUUAUAUGUGGAUGAUAGGUUGGUACCUGGAUUAGAUGAAAUCACUCAUUCUCAUGCAAUGCAUAGCUCAGACCUGAAUACAAAUGAGCUAUCAGACAACAUCUACUUAGAACAGCAUAGCUUUUUUCCAGGGACACCUGGUGCUGAUCUCCAAGCCAAUGAUGGUUUUGAUCAGGAACCCAAGACAAAAUGGCCAGAACAAUCUGAGGAGCUUUUAGGGUUAAUUGUUAAUUCAUUGAGGGCCCUGGAUAGUGCCGUGCUGCAUGGGUGCCCUGAACCAAGAAGACGGCCUCAGUCAGCCCAGAAGAUUGCUUUAGUGUUGGAUAGAGCUCCAAAGCAUCUUCAAACAGAUUUGAUUUCUCUUGUGCCAAAGCUUGUUGACCAUUCAGAGCAUUCACUUGCUGCUUGUGCACUUUUAGAUCAUCUUCAGAAGCCGGAUGCUGAGCCUUCCUGGCGGUUGCAGGUUUUUAGUGCUCUAAGUCAGUUGGAAUUUGGAAGUGAAGUCUGUGAACGAAUAUUAUUUCAAGCUGUGGAAUUAUUGUCUGAUUCAAGUGAUGACGCGUUAGUAGCAGCCAUGAGUUUUAUUUUUAAAGCUGCAUCUCAAUGCCAGCACCUUCCUCAAGCCGCCAGAGCUGUUCGUUCAAGGCUAAAAAGUUUGGGAGCUGAUGUUCCACAUUCUAUGCUGGACUUUCUAUCUAAUACAGUGCAUAAUUGCGCUGAUGUAGCUGAAGCUAUUCUAAGAGAUGUAGAUUCUGAUUGUGAACUGGACAGCAAUUGCUUGAGCUCACCUUCUGGUUCUAAUUGUGUGAACGGACUUUCAGCUGAAGUGAUGGAUGAUAUUGGGCAAGAGCUGGUUGUUCAUAGGUGCCAUAAUUUUUCAGAUGUUUAUAUCUUGACAGAGAUGUUAUCAAUUCCAGGGCUGUUUGUGGAAGCUUCACAGGUGUUUGAGAGAGUAUUACUCCGAGGAGCAGUUGGGCUGCAAUCAAUAGGCAUGGUCUUGGAAAGACGCCAUUCUCGAAGAUUAGGUCUAAAACAAGUUCUCUUAGAUGGACAAUUUGAAUCAUUUCCUGCCCAAGAAGAUGACUUUACAUCGCUCCUUUCUCUUGGUGAGGUGCUAUCCCUCUCCCCAGACAGCAGAGUCCAGGAUUUUGUGCGGAUGCUAUAUGCUAUCAUGUUCAAAAUUUAUGCUGAAGAUCAUUACCGGUUUAGAGUAUUGAAGGGGCUUGUUGAACGUGCUACAAGUACUUCAGAUAAUUGCCGGGUAGUUGAUAUAGCUAUGGAUGUUUUGGUAUUUCUUGUUAGAGAGGAAGAUGGAAUUGCCAGACCGGUUCUGGACAUGAUGCGUGGGGUUGCUGAAGUUGCCCAGGUCGACCGUGCAAAUAUGUGGCACCAAAUCUGUGCUAUUGAAGAUGAGAAUAUUCGUCUGAGGGAGGAAAGGCAAGUAGAGCUUUCCAACUUUGCCCAUGAAAAAGCUGUUCUUGCUCAAAAGCUAAGUGAAUCAGAGGCAACUACAAGCUCUCUUAAGCUUGAGCUGAAAGCCGAAAUGGACCGUUUUGCUCGGGAAAAGAAGGAACUAUCUGAACAGAUUCUUGAAGUUGAGAAUCAGUUGGAAUGGGUCAGAUCUGAAAAGGAUGAGCAAAUGGCAAAGGUAUCUGCAGAUCGAAAAGUUCUUCAGGACCGCCUUCAUGAAGCUGAGACACAACUUGCACAGUUGAAAUCUCGGAAACGUGAUGAAUUAAAGAAAGUAAUGAAGGAGAAGAAUGCCUUGGCUGAAAGGCUGAAGAAUGCAGAAGCUGCGCGAAAAAAAUUUGACGAGGAAUUAAAACGGUAUGCCACGGAAACAGUGACUAGGGAGGAGCUAAGGCAAUCGCUUGAAGAUGAAGUGCGAAGGCUGACACAAACAGUUGGGCAAACUGAAGGUGAGAAGCGAGAGAAGGAAGAACAAGUUGCUCGCUGCGAAGCAUACAUUGAUGGAAUGGAAGCAAAGCUGCAAGCAUGCCAGCAAUAUAUCCACACCCUCGAGGCCUCCCUCCAAGAGGAAAUGUCCCGCCACGCCCCGCUUUAUGGCGCAGGCCUCGAAGCCCUCUCAAUGAAGGAGCUUGAAACCCUUAAGCGAAUCCACGAAGACGGGCUUCGCCAAAUACACUCCAUUCAGCAAAGGAAAAGCAGCAGCAGCAGCAACUCCCUUGUCGGCGGCCACUCCCUCCCGCAAGUCCACAGCUUAUACUCCCCACCCGCCCCUCCCAUGGCCGUCGGCCUCCCCACGUCUAUCCUCCCCAAUGGUGUUGGAAUCCACGGUAACGGGCAUAUGAAUGGAGCGGUCGGCCCUUGGUUCAACCCGACCUGAGAACAGAAGCUAAAUACGGUUUUCUAUAAUUCUUUGUAACCGAACCGUUAUUCGCCUGGCCUUUAGAUUCGCCAGAUGCCAAGUAAAAUCUCGAUAUGAUAGCUUUGUUUCUUGCCCUGGUCUUUCCAAGUUCUCUUAUCAUUUGAAAGUUGGCGGAACUUUCGGAUUGUCACCGGAAGUGAGAAAAGCGUCGUCGUAUAAAUAAGAGAGGAAGAUAUACACACUUUGAGAGAAGAUAGGCUUUGUAAUAAUUAAAGCAUGAAAAAAAAUCGCAAGGGGCUUAGCAGUCGCAAAAUCAAAAGCUUUGAAGAAGCGAACCGGUGUCGAGAAAUGGACUGUGUUUUAUUCCCCCCACUCUUUCAUUGUGUAAAUCUUAAAUUCCUUUUCGCGAAUGCAUUAUGUCAUUUGGGUAUUACUUCGACUUCGAAAAAUAGAAUAUAAGAUGCAGAUUUCGUUUUGGGCACAUUGUUUAAGCCGAGUUUUUGUGACUUUUCGAGACUAUUGUUGUGGCUUUCAUUCUAGAUUGAAAUAGAAGAAAAGAGAAUGGUGUGCUGCGGAAAUUCGCCAAAAUGUAGUAGGAAUUGCUUUUAAUUCAAGCUAAAUUAACCAAAA